CCCUAUAGCGCUCCCCUCUAUAAAUAUACCAGCCCCGACUCAACCUGCACCGGCCAAGUAGCUCCCUAGCAAGCCACGUCCUCCUCCCUCCUCGAUCGUCGUCGCUGGGAUUAAUACUCGAUGGCUGCGGCUCCUGGCGGUGGUGGUGGUGGUGGUGUUGCGGGGGUGGCGGGGUCGCCGUGCGGGGCGUGCAAGUUCCUGCGGCGGCGGUGUGUGGCGGAGUGCGUCUUCGCGCCCUACUUCAGCUCAGAGCAGGGUGCGGCGCGCUUCGCGGCCAUACACAAGGUCUUCGGCGCCAGCAACGCCGCCAAGCUGCUCGCGCACCUGCCCCUCGCCGACCGCUGCGAGGCCGUCGUCACCAUCACCUACGAGGCCCAGUCCCGCCUCCGCGACCCCGUCUACGGCUGCGUCGCCCAGAUCUUCGCCCUCCAGCAGCAGGUGGCGAUCCUGCAGGCGCAGCUGAUGCAGGCCAGGGCGCAGAUCGCGUGCGGCGUGCAGAGCACCACAUCGCCGGUGAGCCACCACCAGCAACAGCCGUGGUCGCAGGACACCAGCAUCGCCGCCCUGCUCCGGCAGCAGGAAAACGUCAGCAGCUUCGCUGCGGGCGGUGCGCUUCUGCCGGAGCUGAUGAGCGGCGACGUCUCCAUGCUGCAGCAGCAUUGCGGCGGCAAGGUGGAGGGCGGUGGCGGCGGCGCCGGGGACCUCCAGUACCUUGCUCAGGCCAUGAUGCAAAGCUCCAACUACUCCCUGUAGAAGAAGAAUAUCAUGAUCAAACCAUGCAUUUUGCUUGCACGCAUGCUUCCAUCAACCUCAUCGACCGAUCAGAGUGCUGCUAGCUGAUGGAAUCGUGUCGGCGGCGCCGGAUCGAUCGAGCUAGAAGAACGCAGGAGGGAAUUGAUUAACCUGUACUGAACUUUUUUUAUCAGUGUUGAUUCUGAUCCUACAAGUUACUCACUGUUGUACUACAUAUAUAUCUACAUAUUAGAGGGAGGGCAAGCCCUGCAUGAGUGGCUCAGUUGAUGAAUGAUGAUUAUUUUGCAACUUCUAAUAAGCAGCUCAUAUAUUCUAAGCAUUGCUAAUGUGAGAUCACUAAAAAACUUACUUGCAUGUCUGGAAGUAUAUGUAAUCUGCCGAUGGCCUAGUGAA